AUGUCGCUCGUGUCCGGCGAGAAGACGAACUUCCAGUACAUUCUGCGUCUGCUCAACACCAAUGUUGACGGCAAGCAGAAGAUCAUGUACGCCUUGACCCAGAUCAAGGGUGUUGGUCGCCGUUACUCCAACUUGGUCUGCAAGAAGGCCGACGUUGACCUCAGCAAGCGCGCUGGUGAACUCACCACCGAAGAGCUCGAGCGUAUCGUCACCAUCCUCCAGGCCCCCACCCAGUACAAGAUCCCCACCUGGUUCCUCAACAGACAGCGCGACAUCACCGAUGGCAAGGACUCCCAGGUCGUCUCCAACUCCCUCGACAGCAAGAUCCGUGAGGAUCUCGAGCGCCUGAAGAAGAUCCGCUCCCACCGUGGUCUCCGUCACUACUGGGGUCUCCGUGUCCGCGGUCAGCACACCAAGACCACCGGUCGUCGUGGACGCACCGUCGGUGUCAGCAAGAAGAAGAACUAAAAAAACAAUCAUCGGGGUCAUAUCAUCUGCGUUUGUUUCUUCGUACUUGCUGGAGUGGAUCGUGGGAAGGAUGGAUUCCUUUUGUGUAUGUUGGUGUGGAU